AUGGGUUUGACUGAUCGGCUGCCCGUACCCUGCAUUGGAAACUGGGAACCAGUGAUGCAGAGAAGCAGGUCAGAGAGGAAGCUGUUCCGGGAUUGGCAGGCCCUGGUGAGCAGCACCAGCAACAUCGGUUUGCAGGACCGUGCGCAGCUGGCAGGGCUGGUGGCAACCUCUGCGUCUGGAGCCGGAAGCCUGGGGACUUCCAGCAGUGGCUUCUACUGUUCCAUAGGGGUAGCUGUGGUGCCUGGGGCUCUUCUCUAUGGCUGUGGGGUCUUUACUUGUUCCUGUCCUUUUCCUGGCCUUUUUGGCGGUCCAGGAGUCAGUGCAGGAGCUGCGUGGUAUCCUUUCAGUAGAUUCCCUUCCUCGGUUACUCUGCUGGCGGGCUCUGGAGCUCAGCAUCUCUGUUCCCUGGAGGAGAUCUAUCUCUUCUCCCUGCCCAUCAAGGAGUCUGAGAUCAUCGACUUCUUCCUGGGAGCCUCCCUCAAGGACGAGGUCUUGAAGAUCAUGCCUGUGCAGAAGCAGACGCGCGCCGACCAGCGGACCAGGUUCAAGGCAUUUGUCGCCAUCGGAGAUUACAAUGGACACGUCGGUUUGGGUGUCAAGUGCUCCAAGGAGGUAGCCACUGCCAUCCGCGGAGCCAUCAUUCUGGCGAAGCUUUCCAUUGUCCCUGUGCGGCGAGGCUACUGGGGGAACAAGAUCAGCAAGCCCCACACUGUCCCGUGCAAGGUGACUGGCCGCUGUGGCUCUGUGCUGGUGCGUCUCAUCCCCGCCCCCAGAGGCACUGGCAUUGUCUCGGCCCCUGUGCCCAAGAAACUGCUGAUGAUGGCUGGUAUUGACGACUGCUACACCUCGGCCAGGGGCUGCACUGCCACCCUGGGGAACUGUGCCAAGGCUACUUUCGAUGCCAUCUCCAAGACCUACAGCUAUCUCACCCCUGAUCUCUGGAAGGAGACUGUGUUCACCAAGUCUCCCUAUCAGGAGUUCACGGACCAUCUUGUGAAGACCCACACCAGAGUCUCUGUUCAGAGGACCCAGGCUCCAGCUGUGGCUACCACAUAGUUUUAUACAAGAAAAAUAAACUGAACUUAAGCUUG